AUGGAAGAUGACCCAUCGAUAGACUCUGUUCUCUGUGCUAUUUGCCUAGAACUCAAACCUAUUAUUGGCUUCCAUGAAAAUGAGUAUCCAUAUCACAAAAUGGACUUUAGAUGGGGGGUAAACUACAGCAACCGCUCCGUUGGCCGUCGUUGGUUCGGCGAUACAGAAGAUAUUCUUGCCAAUGUCUUAUGGGGUCGUGAUGGAGCUCUCAAGAUUAAGCUUGUUUCUUUUUAUCUUGGCGCCGAAGAGCCCUUAAUUGCUGGUUAUGCGCUGUACCGCUUACCAGGCACUGUACCUCCUUGGAACAUUAUUGGCACAGGAACUCAUGUUAAGACCAAAGUCACCUCACCGGAAGCCUGGGAGAUGAUCCGCGACUGGAUCGGAGAUUGUGUCAAUAACCACAAAGAAUGCAAAGUUGUCAGCGAAGACCGGCCAUUUCCGACUCCCCCCGAUGAGCGCGGCAGAUACAUCGCUCUCAGCCAUUGUUGGGGGGACGUGAUGCCCCUCAAGACCACCAAAGCCACUUUCGUCGAGUUCUGCCACAGCAUCAACUUUGCCCGAUUUCCAAAGGCAUUCCAAGACGCGAUAAUCGUCUGCCGAAAACUCAAUAUUGAGUAUCUGUGGAUAGAUUCUCUGUGCAUCAUUCAGGAUGAUGAACAUGAUUGGGCUGUUGAGUCACCCAAGAUCGAGGGUCUCUUCCACCCGUGGCCCUUGAGCGUUCGAAAGUUAUUUCCUACCGCCUUCGAGAAUGACAACAAAGUUGAAGAGGCUGAGAUCUUCGCGAGGCCGUGGAAUUCACAGCGGCACUGGAUCGACAGCAUCGGCGACGGGCCAUGGUAUCGCGUCCCGAACCCACUUGAGCAGCGAGCAUGGACGCUACAAGAGCAUGUGCUAUCCCGUCGAAUCCUCCGCUUUACCGGUCAUAAGCUAAUCUGGCAUUGUCUUGAGGUGCAUCUAUGCGAGUGUCGUCCAGGAUCACACAUGGGGAAAGAGUCGCUGAAGCUCAUCAACUUAGACGCCAUGGUGGCGGUUAGCAAGCCCUUUUAUGCUUCACGGGCGAUGAACCCGUUGGUUGUCUGGCUCGAGAUCAUUGGUCCAUUCACUAGACGUGCUAUCACUCGCGAGACAGACCGACUCCCUGCCGUCUCAGGAGUUGCUGCUGCACUUACCACCUUAACGAAGACAGAGUAUGUCGCUGGGAUGUGGAGGGAUAGACUCGGAACGUCGGUAUGCUGGCAAGUCGAAGAGGCCGGAACAUUGAGGCAUGAGGCAUACUACGCACCAACUUGGUCUUGGGCUUCAGUUGUAGGAUCUGUGCAAACUGAGUACACUGUUCAAAUGAACCAACUGCCGCAAACGAAAGUAGUUGACGUACAGUAUACGCCAGUAACCCCAAACCCCUAUGGCAGUGUUUCUUACGCAAAGUUGACUAUUGCUGGCAUUGUGUCGAAUGUUUCGGUGUCAUGGCUGGAUCCCCACCCUGAUGACGGGACACUUUUUCAGAUGUAA